AAUUUUACAAUUUCUUCUUUGUCCUAUGACUACACGUUAGCGUCACUUGUGCUGUGACAUAACUAGCUGACGACAACUCUUCUAAACGUUUGUAUAAACGUAAAGUAAAUUCCUGUAGAUCUUGUGGGGUGAAAGAUAAACUGUAAACUGGCUGAGAAAAAGUUAAUAUUCAACGUGAACCAUAUCAUUUUAAGAUAAAAAUUUGAGUUGAAGGUGGAAUUUUUUUUCUCUCAACUUAAAAGGAAUAUUACUCAAACAAUUUGAGAAAAAGAAUAAUAGUUAUAAACAUACUCAGGAGCUAUACAUAUAGGAGAGGAUAUAGAGUCGCCGUUUACAAGUACUUCCAGCAAAUAUGUCAAGUUGGCAACGUCUUUCAGGAUAUUUAAACUCAAAACCAACUGGACCCCCACUUGUCAAUAAUGCAUCGGAUAUUGCAGCAUAUUUUGAAUCCGCCUUUAAACGGUUGAAAGGUAGUCAACGACAGUGGUAUGUAUUUGAAGAGACCACUUUGAAACUGCUUGCCUAUCGGAAUGAAAUGGAGGCAGCUAUACCAGACAAGGAACCGUUGAAAGUGAUUAAUAUACACGGAGCUGUAUUUCAGAUUGAUCCCGCUGAACAUAAUCAAUUCAGUAUAAUGUCAGAUGGAAAGGAACAUAUUCUUCAGGCUGAGACUGAAGAAGCCAUGCUUUUAUGGUUGCAUGUUUUACAGACAAGGAGGAAUGAAGCAGGACAGACAGGUUUGUCUGACAGUUCACCGACCACUGAUGACAGUCUGUCAGAUUAUAAGCUGUUUAGACAAAACUCAAUGAUGAAAAUUCAGACACAAAUACCGACAAGAGUUUCGCCAACUUCAUCGUUCGAUGCAAAUGACAUCAUCAUGAAUGGAUCCAUGAAUGUACGCCUAAGUCAGGUGAAAAUGACAUCAACAAUGCGACAAGAGUUAACAGAUAGCAUGAAUGAUAGUCUAAUUUAUGUGAAUCCAGUACCCGACUAUUCAUCAACACUAUUUCAAUCAUCAUGGGGUUCGGGAUCGGAAAAUGCUACAAUCACACCAUCGUUGAAUAGUACACCGUCAAAUCGUUUACAACUGUCCAGAUCACGUUCAUAUGAUCAAGAAGUCAUGAAACAGCAAACGGUUAAUGGGCGUAGUUCAGGUGAGAGGCAUACACCAUUGCCUAUUUCAAGGUCAGCGAGUCUAUUACAAAGUCGUGUUGAACAUUCACCUAAGGGAAUUCAUCGUCGAGAUGUGUUACAUGCACCAAUAGAAGAAGAAAAUGAAGAGUUUACAGUGGAUGAGAAAUUCCAUGGACAGAAUUCAUCUUCAAAGAAAACUUCUGUAGGGAAUAACAGUUUAUCAGGCAUGACAGCUGAAGAGUUAGAUAAUUUACCGGAGAAAAAAUUGGAUAUCGUUAAAACUCCAGAGAGAAUUGCACCUCGAAGAAACCUCAGCUCUGAAGAUCGAGCAUUAUCAGCUGAAGAAAUUUCCCCGGAAGACGAAAAAAUGGCAAAAAACAGUUUCACUGAAUCUGAUGAACAUGAAAAUAUUGAAAAGGAGAAUCCAGGCAUGAUAAACAGAUUCUAUUCUGAAGAAAUAUCAACAUCAACUUCUAGAGAAAAAUCAGGACGACAAUUAUUGAAGAAAAGUUCACUUUCUGACUCUGGGAAUGAAUCAGUCGCUGAUACAACAGUUAGAGAAGAUAAAUAUGAAGAAAUAUCUGCUUCUCUCAUUAGUCCUUCCUCUCCAACCUCUCCUAAUGAUUACUUUACACAUGCUCAAGAAUUAUCAGAACAAGAAUUUGAAUUUGCCAGACAACAAUCAUUUCUUACAGGCCAAUACACUAGUUCAUUGUUAGCCAAAUACCAAAGUUCAUUAAUUUUGCAAAGUCCUCUACCAUUUUAUGACAAUAUUCAUAUGGAUUAUGAGAAUGACUAUCCUCAAAAUGGUUAUGUAAAGGAGCUUCGUGCACAACUACAUGCUGCAUUGGAUCGUGAAGCUUGUUUACGUCAAAUGUUAGCCAGCCGAGAGGCUGGUAUGCGUGAAAUAGAUCAGAAGGUGGAAAGUUUGGAAAAUUUAGAAAAGAAAAACAAUUUAUUUACCUUACCAAAGAAUAUCUCAACAAAUAAACUACGUGAUAUGAUUGAAGAUUAUGAUCAGAAACAAAGAAUUUUAAAUAGAAAAAAUCAAUUUUUAAUCUCAGAAAUUCGUGAAUUGGCUGCAGUUAAACAUAUGUUCACUGAUCAUGCCAAUAAAAUGACUAAAUACAUUCAACGCUUAAAUAUAGAAGGUUGUAAAUGGAGACGUGAAUAUGUGAAAUUGCUACAAGCAUGUCUUGGAGCUACACAAACUGAUCCACAUCAUCGAUUAAUGUUCACUGAUUAUGGAAAAGAUCGAUACAAAGCUCUGAUCAGUGAACUUUUAGAUGAAGCAAGACGUAAAGACCCUAGUUUACCGUCAAUGAUCAAACCUAAAAAUGCAGAUUAUCAUGUGGAUUUUUAUGGUUUCAAGCAUAGUUAUCUGAAUGAGACAAGUAUAAUACAUUAUGGAUGUCAACAGUUGUAUGAUUUCUAUACACGUCAAUUAGCUGGUAGUGAUGAAAAUGUCACCCGUUGGACUGAACUCUUAACUCAAGCUAAUAGAGAGCUAACAAGGGCGGAUUUAGAAACUUUGUGUCGUUCUGGUGUACCAGUUCAAUAUCGUGAAGGUGUUUGGCGUAUGUUAAUCCAUGGUGAAUUACAUCAAUUAAUGCAAAUCAAAGGGCCAUUGUAUUACAAUGGACUAUUAGAAGAGUUCAGUGAAAACACAGAUGCAGCACAGCAUAGACGUCAAAUCUCAUUAGAUUUAUUGAGAACAAUGCCAAAUAAUGUACAGUUCGAUAAUAUCGAAGCACCAGGAGUUCAGAAACUUCAAGAAGUCCUACAAGCUUACAGUAUACAUAAUUCUAAGAUUGGUUAUUGUCAGGGUAUGAAUUUUCUUGCUGCAGUUGCACUGUUAUUCUUGAAAAAAGAAGAUGCUUUCUGGUGUCUAAUUGCAAUUUUGGAAAGAUUUCUACCGGAGAAUUAUUUCAGUUCAGGUUUAAUUGAUGCCCAGGUUGAUCAACUUGUCCUCAAAGAGAUAGUCAAUGAGAAAUUGCCACGUCUUUCUAAUCAUCUAAAGAGAAUGGGAAUUGAUAUCUCUGCAGUCACAUUGAAUUGGUUUUUAGCUAUAUUUUAUGAUUCAGUACCAUUCGAGACGUUGAUACGAAUUUGGGACGUGUUUCUACUGGAAGGUUCUGAGACAUUGUUCCGCUUUGCUGUUGCAGUGCUUAAACGUAAUCAAGAUAUGCUUUUGGAACAGACUGAUACUAUCAGCUUUUGGAAGUGUCUUAAAGCUGCAACACGUCUAACUUAUGAUGUUGACGGUCUAGUCAAAACAGCUUUUGAAGAACUUCGACCAUUUCCCAAGCCACAAUUGAUUGCAACACGUCGAGCAUAUCACUAUGAUAUAUUGAGUAAGAAAAUGUUUGAAAAGAAAGGUUAUUGGCAAAAUGUUAUGAAGGAGUCAGUGGAUGAAUAUGCUGAUAACGGAGUACACCAUAGUGUUCAACGUAGACGUAAUAACAAAGAUAAUCGGGCUGUAAUUCAAGCUAUCACAUUCUAUGAUGAUGAACAUUUAUGGAUAUGUCAUGGUGAAAAAUCUUACAGUCAGAUAUCCGAAGUUGUUAUUCCUACUAACUGUAUGCAGAGUAUCGGUUAUGAACUGGAUUCUCGUGUAAGCUGCAUAUGUGCAUUCAAUAGUGAAAUUGUUUUGCUUGGCAUGAUGUCGAAACAGUUAUGCGCUUAUUCAGUGAGUCAAAACGCGAAAAUAUGGCAAUUACCAAUUCAUGACAGUGUUACUGACUUGACUUCCGUCUAUUUUCCACAUGAUCAUACAAAUAAAGUUUAUGCUGGUUUAACAAAUGGAGAAUUAGUUGUUAUCGAGAAUGUUGGUUAUGAAGAACCUACAGAUUCACUUUAUUAUAUUACAAUCGGUUUCAUCCCAGUUUCUUCUGUACUCCUGGCAAAACAUCAACUUUGGUGUGCAAGUGGUAGUUCUAUAUUCAUAUUUCACGCCAAGACAAUGGAUUUUUACAAACAAGUCAGUAUAUCAAAUAAUCCAUUGGAUGUGAUAUUAAAAUUAUGUCUUGGUGAACAUGGUAUUUGGAUUGCUGUUCGUGGUAGUUCUGUAAUUGAAUUAUGGGAUCCAAAUAAGCUGACGCGUAUUCUGCUAUUCAAUAUUGCCAAUGAAACAUAUCUUAGUCGGAGACCUGAAGAAGAUUACACGUUUAAUCAUCAACGUGUCACAGUAAUUCUCCCGUAUGAAGAUACAAUUUGGGUUGGUACAGGAAUGGGUGAAGUUUUAGUGUAUGAAGUGAAAACAUAUGAAAAACUAGAAGAUCAAGUAAAUGAUGAUGCUGUUAAACUGGCCAGAAGUAAACGUUCUAUGUCAUUUGGUGAUAAAAUGCAAAUUGAUACAGAAGUAACAGUGAAAACUAUAAAACAAAAUAAACGUUGUCCAUCGAAUCCAGAUAUAAGUCCAACAAUUGAAUGUUCAGUUGAACCAUUAUUCUAUCCAUUACGUCAAGAUUCAUUAAUUCUUAAUGAAGCGAUUGAUUCAAGUUUUGUAUAUAAAAUGAAUAAAAUUGUACGUAGUAAAGUAUCAGAAACACCUGUAAGAUUUCUUGUUAUGAAAAAGAUUACAGAUAUCAAUACACUGAUUAUCUCUUGUUCAACCUAUUUCAAUGAUGACGAUGCUGUACUCAAGUGGCAAAGAGAUAAAUCUAAUGCAUCGAUUUGGACAAAUGAACCAAUUUAUGUUUUUGAUCGUGAAAGUCGUUCAUUACGAUUACCAGCGUAUAUGAGAAAUAGUCUGUGUCUACAAAUGCAUGGAAAGAAAUCAACGAUUAUGAGUCAAUCUUCUGUGGUUAGUACAUAAACUAAAUUCUCUCACAUUUUCUUUCUUUCUCUCUUUCUUCAUGAGAAGUUUAUUUUCAUCUUUAUUGUAUGUGUAUCUCUGAGUUAUUGUUAUUUUUUUUUUAACUAAAACUAAGAUUGUAGUUCAUCUUUUCAAUUGCAAAAACUGAAGUGUAACAUGAAAUGAAUUUUUCUAUUUUCUUGUUAGUUCAUCUGUUUAUACAUGACACACACGUAGACACAUGCAACCACGCCACCAUAUUCAUAACUCUACUAAACAACAAUACAGGAUAGAUAAGUCCUCCACUAACUGUUGUAUAACUCAACAUUUCUGUAUGUAUAUAAUCACAUUUGAAAGAAACCAAACUAUCUUUCUUUUCCAAGAAUAUCAGCUGAAAUCAAUAAUAAUAGUCAUAAUAGUAGUCGUAAUAACAAUGAUAAGAGGACAACCGUGAACCCAAACACUCACCUACACAUAUACACACAAACACAUACACAUACACAUACACAAUACAGAUAAGAUUCCCGGUUGCACAAUCAUCACUGAUUUUUCGUUUGUAUUGUUGCUUACUGUACUUUUAAUUGAAACUCUCUCACUGCUUCAGGUGUAUUGUCAUAGUGUGUUGGUUAUACCUACUUUUGAUUGACAUUAAUUUUAAGACAGAUGAUCUGUGAAAUGGGUGUUUUUCAUGAAAAUAAAAACGAACAUUUAUUUGAUAUGUC